GGAACCUGCGCGCCGAAACUUCGGCCGGAGCGGCGCCGGCGUGAUGACGUAGACGCCGCGCGUUCCGCGCGUGCGGUUUCCACGGCAACGACCGCCGCGGCAUUACCUCGCCUCAGGCAUGGAGGGCGGCAGGAUGGCGAAUCCCUAUAGCCGAGUGGUGAGGGAGGUGCGGGGACCCAAGCCGUUUUCCUACGCCAUAAGGGCCAAGUUUCCCAAACCGAAUGAUGCCAUGAAGCAAAUCCUCCUCUGGAGGGAGCAAGAGAAACUGCGCCAUGCGGCCGCGAUGUACGCAAAGUCCCAUCUCCUUGGCCGCCAGAUCAUCGAAAGGGAGGAUCGGAAUGAGCGAAAACAGUUCCACCGGAUCGUGCAGAAGCGGGUUGAUGUUGAAAUGCAGGCAUACCUGGCAGGACAAGAGGAGAGGAAAGAAAGGCUUCGGGAUCUCCUGGAAGCUGAGGAAAAGUGUUACCUAGCUGCAAUAGAAUCGCUGGGAGAAACUAUGGAAGACAGGCGAGUGAACAUGAGAGAAGCAAAAUUGCUGAGAGAUAAGAGGGAAGAAGCUCGGAGGAAACUUGUGGCGGAAAAAAGGGAUCAACAGUUCAGAGUAACUUGUGAGGACGCACGGACACUGUGGAGCAAGAAGCAUCUGAUGGAGAUAUGUGAGGACCGGCUGGCCCAGCUGGCCCUGAAGGAGGAACUCAAGAAGCAACGAGCAAGGGAGGAGGCGGCCUUUGCGGCUCUUUGGGAAGAGGACAGGCUGGCCAAGGAGAAGCGAGCAGCGGAGGACGAACGGAAGAGAACAAGGUGGACUGACGGCCAGAAAAACCUCCUUGAAGCUCAGCAAACUGUGGCGGACGCUCAGCGGCAGGAGGCGAGGCGUCUGAAGGAAGAAGAGGCGAAGCUGAUGGAAGAAGAACGUCAGCUGAUGAAACUGGAGAACGAACGGGCCGAGAUUGAGCGGCAGCGGAAGCUGAGGGAGUGCAGGGACAUGUUGCUGGAUUCCAUGGAGGAGAAGAGGAGGCGUCUCCACGAAGAGCAGCAAGAAGAGCUGGCUUUAGAUAUGAAGAUCCUGGAUCACAUCAUGAAAGAAUCCCAGGAGGAUACAGAGAGCCAAAAGAGAAGGAAAAAAGAGCUCUUGAAAGAGCAGCAGAUGUUUAAGGCCUACCUGGCUCAGCAGAGGGAGGACGAGCAGCGCCAGGAAAAAGAGCUGGACAAGCUGCGGGCGGAAGAGACAGCCCGGAUGUGGGCAAAGAGAGCCGCAAAGGAGAGGGCCAUGAAGGAGGCCAGGGGCCGCUUGCUCACAGAAGUCAUGGACACGAGGAGACUUCAGCUGGAGGAGAAACUUCAGAGAAAUGCCCAAGAACAAGAGGCACUGAUUCGGGACAGGGAAUUGUUAAAUGCAGCCAUUCUAGAAUUCAACCGUCUAGAAGAGGAGAAAUAUGCAAGGCGCACACAGCAAGCAAAGGCGUAUCAGGAGGAACUCAAUGCUCAGAUGGAUUACAACAAGCAAGCCCGUGAUCUUGAGAAGGAAGAAGAACGCCGCCAAUACGCUUUGUCCCUGGAAGCGGAAAAGCUUUACCAGCAGAAGAUAGCGGACAUCAUCUCAAGACCUUACAUGAAGUUGUCAGAUCUCCAUCCUUUGCGGAGGUACCUUGCCAGCAGUUCUUAAUCUUAGACUCCAACCAAUUUCCUUUAUAUAGAUCUAUAUUUAUAAAUCACUGCAUUUAAAACUCUCAAGUGCAGCUAAAGCAUCUUCUACAUGUGUACACUGACUGAGGGGAAGAAGACUCUAGAAUACCAUGUUUCCUAGCUUCUUUUCUUGGUCAAGCAAAACCUCCUUUUAAAAAUAAAAUGCUGUCGAAAGUUUUACGUUUUAAAUAAAGAACGUUGCAUGGUGAAAUUGACUGACUUCAAAACAUUUUCUUUAAAAACACUUUUAGUUGUACAAUUCAAAAUGAAUGCCUAUACGCUGUGCUUUUCCAAGUUAUUUGUAAUAAAAAAGCAUUUUCAUUCCCUCUUUUUUAAAAAAAGAAAAGAAAAGGUUGUCCAUAACUCAGCAUUUAUUCAGUUGACAUUCCCCGUUCCCACCACUGUAUGCUAUAAGAACUGAUGUACUCCCUCUGUCUCACUGUGAUCAGGCAACCUGGAGUCCUGUGUACAUAUUGCCAGCACGUUCAUUUGCAGAGCUGAGACCUGCUGUACUUACAGCUAGAUCUACGGAAACUAAGCAAACGAGGCUUUAAGAGAUGUUCUGGACAAAACUUGGCAUAUUUAGUUUCUGUGUGUCCAGCUGCCAUUAAAGUUUGCAGAAGCAGGAGCAAUCAAAACAAAAGUGGCAAUGUUAAUCCAGACACAGCUGCCUGGCCAGUUACCCCAAAUCUCCAGCAACCUCUGAGAAAGAAACCAUAGGCAAGUAAACAGGGCUAUGCAGAUGUGUUCUCCCCACAGAUUGGAGAACAUAGGAAGCUGGUAGACUUGAUUUCUACCAGCUGCACUCUCGUUUUGUUGACAAUAUUACUUCUGCCCCUUCCACUUUAAACAAUAAACAUAAACUUUAUCCACAAUAAACAUGGCUGCCUUUCAGCCCCA